AGUCAGCUGCGCCUUUGCACAAAGCUAUCCAGAAUCAACAAGGAAGGGAGCCGUUUUCCGUUCAUAAUAGGUUUUCCGUGAUAUCUUUUUAAAGUUUCGUUUCGAAUUUGCUCGGUUUUAGCAGUUGUACUCCGUGCGAUCCAGUAACAAAAAUAAUCAUACAAUAAAAAUGCAGAACGAUAACAUUUUAGCCACAUUCAAAAUUCUAAUAAUAGGCGAAAGUGGAGUUGGAAAAUCUAGUUUGAUGCUGCGGUUCACGGAAGAUGAUUUUGACCGCGAUCAGGCCCUAACUAUUGGAGUGGAUUUCAAAACCAAAAUCGUCGAGAUCGACAACAUUAAGGUGAAACUAGCCAUCUGGGACACAGCCGGGCAGGAACGGUUUCGGACUUUGACGCCAAGUUACUACAGAGACGCACAAGGUGCCAUCCUGGUGUACGACGUCACCAAAAAGGAUACAUUCCAGAAGCUGGAAUCGUGGCUCAAUGAAUUGGACAUCUACGGCACCCGGAACAAUAUGGCGAAGAUGAUUGUCGGCAACAAGAUAGAUUUUGCCGAUCGGGCCAUUAGCCGGGACGAUGGUUUCCGAUUUGCGAAAAAGCACCGAACCAUGUUCAUCGAGACAUCGGCCAAAACGAGCGAAGGAGUGAGGGAUGCAUUUGACGAAGUUGUCAGAAAGAUCAUGGAAACGGAUGGCCUCUGGGAGCGUAAUGAUUAUGGCGACUCUGUAGAUCUAAACAGUCGAGGACAACAGAGAGGAUCGUGCCCGUGCUAAUGACCGCUCUCAAUUCUAGCUAGUAGGAAAGAUUGCGUGACUAAGCCAUAGAUAUAUUGUGUUGAUUUGCAGCGCCGUUGCUUCGUUCUGUUCUCGAUAUUAAAAUAAGAGGAUGUGAAGUUAGGGUUUAGUCAGUCAGGUGACACUUUUUUUUUUUUAACUUUAAAUCAGAAAAGCAUGAUAUUAAGCUGAUAAACAUUCUGUAAACUAAUAAUUGAAAGGUGUAGCUUAGAAUCUAUUUAUUAGGAAAUAUAUUGUAAUCCAGUGGGUUACAACCCUAAAUAUGUAUCAUAUAGAAAUACAUUUUUUAAAGAUCAAAUAAAAGUCUUCAAAAGAA